CAGUCGUUUUGAAAAAAAUACAAAACGGGUUGCACUCCGGGAGUGCCGGCAGAAGUGAAAACUUGAAUGUUAACGUUGUGCAUUUUUUACGUCUUACGGUCUCGUGUCCUGACGCGAGUUAUAACUUUUUAUCCAUCACAAAAAGUUCACAACGCCGCUAAAGAAGUUUUCUCUUCAAAAAUUGUGGAAAAGUUUGUUUAACAUCAUCUAAUUUUAGCACAAAAGUGUUACUUUAUACAAUCAAUAACAUGAAGAAUUAAAACGUAUAUCUAAAAUUACUAAAAUAAUGCUGCCUUACUCACGUGGUAUAAUUUUGGACAACACAAACAACUAUGGAAUAGUCAAGACCGAAACUGUUUUUGGAUUUGGUCCUACGAACAAGGACAGCUUUGUAGAGGAGAGGUUUAAUAGGUCCGAACCUUUGGAGUGGUUUAUUACUCACGGCAACUUUGAAGCAAGGUCUUUGUCAGGUGAAACCGAAUCAAAGACUCUAAAUAAAAAGGCAAUAAAAACCACAACUCCUGCUCCACAACAAAAGAAAAACGACAAGAAAGUUAAAUCUAAGAAAGCAAAGCAAAGUAAAGGUCACAAGAAAAGGAAAGGCAAGGUGAAGAAAUGCAUUUACAAGAUAAUCAGGAAGAGUGAGAAGAAGAAGAACAAAGGGAGUAACAAAAUGGGGAAACCUAAGAAAUACAUUUUGCCUCUGAUUCUUGGGCUGUUUGCAGCAAAGAGUUUGCUGAUACCUGUAGCUUUGAAGGCAUUGGCGUUUCUGUCUGCUAAAGGUCUAAUGAUGGGUUUCUUUUCAACUGUCAUGGCGUCAGUCCUAAGUCUCAAAGGCAUGUUUGACCAUUCCCACGGUUACGCUAACAGAAAAGACGAUACCAAAACACAGGUAGAAAUCAUACAAGUUCCUGCCAAAACUGAAGAUCAACAUGUUUAUUACGAUGACCAUUUCAAAAGAACUGAUCUAAUGCCCGUCAAAGGAGAGUUCCUACCUUUAGACAGAGAUUUGCUUCCUAUACAUAAGUAUGGGAAUAUUAUUUAAAGAUUUUAACGUAAUGCACCCAUUAUUUAUUUUAGCUAUGUAA